AAUUGACCGGAACACUAGGAUUGUGUAUUAUGCCUAAAUAUUUUCUCCAGCAUACAUCUUAAUUUUUUUUUUUUUUUUUUUAUAAAUUUAUUCUGAAUGAACAAAUUUUAGUUAGUGGAUUUUUCAUCAAAAAGGGAAUAUACCACUAGGGUUUCUUGAAGUAACCCCAUAUAUAAAUUCGACUAUUUUCCUCCCUUUAUGUCCCUUCUCUUUCGCCAAUCCAAUAAAGCUUACAGCCUCUCACACUGCUCAAAUAUAAAAAAUCCCUAACAAUGGCUGUAACUUUCUCAAAUCUCCACACUGAAUCUGGUCUCAAAUCUGUUAAUGACCAUCUUUCUGGAAAAACUUAUAUCUCUGGAGAUCAAUUGACAAAGGAUGAUAUUAAGGUGUAUGGGGCAAUCUUGGAGCAACCCAGUUCAGAUCUUUAUCCCAAUGCUAGUAAAUGGUACCAAGCUGUUUCUGCUAAACUUGCAUCAAGUUUUCCCGGGAAAGCUGUCGGUGUGAGAUUUGGAAGCCAAGCUGCUCCUGCUGCAGCUGCAUCAGCUAAGGAAGCUGCUAAGCCUGCCGAUGAUGAUGAUGACGAUGAUGACAUUGAUCUCUUUGGAGAAGAGACGGAGGAGGAAAAGAAGGCAGCAGAAGCAAGGGAGGCUGCUAAGGCAUCUACCAAGAAGAAAGAGAGUGGAAAGUCAUCUGUUCUUAUGGACGUUAAGCCUUGGGAUGACGAAACUGACAUGAAGAAACUUGAGGAGGCUGUUCGCAGUGUUGAGAUGGAAGGUCUUCUCUGGGGAGCAUCUAAAUUGGUCCCAGUUGGCUACGGGAUUAAGAAAAUGCAGAUCAUGCUUACCAUCAUUGACGAACUUGUCUCGGUGGAUUCUCUCAUUGAGGAACGUCUAACAGUAGAGCCUAUCAACGAAUACGUGCAGAGCUGUGAUAUUGUUGCCUUCAACAAAAUUUAAGGUCAACAUACCAGGGAAUUUUCAAAGUCUUGAGCCUUGUCAGGCUGUAAUUUUGCUAGUUUUCGAGUUGUGAUACUUUAUUACUAGUGUUUUGUCUUUCCAUCUUCUGUUUAAGUAUGCGUUUACUCGUGAAAAUGGGCAUUUAACUGUGAAAGCAUAUGUGGAGCUCAGAAUUAAGUUAAUCCAUUAUACCAUUUGUUUUCUUGCUUA